GUGCCGGCCGGUUAUCAGAGGGGUCGGAUACGCGGAAGCGCGCCAGUCGACGGCGAGACUUGGCCCGCGCAGCUUCCCCCGUUUGUCUCUCCUUCCGACUGGUCGUCCUACGUUGGUCGACGCGCCGCGGAAUCAAGCAAUCGCGGUUCUCCGCGCGAACGUCUCUCCGCGAGAGUAUUCGGCAAGUGGCGGAAGAGAGGGGUUCGCCGUUCGAGAGUGACAGCGACGUCGCCGAUUCUUCGUCUCCGCCGACAGGAUCGUUUCAUGUAGAGUGACGAGGACGACAGGGAUGACGCGCCGAUUUCUACUGCUGCUGCUGGCAGGGGUCUGCCACGGGAUCCAGCAGUUUGAGGAAACGCCACAAUACACCGAGGUCAAUCCUGGGCAGGACGCGAAGCUGGUAUGUCGAGUCCUCGGAAAGAGAGGGCAGUGCAUUUGGCAGAAGGAUCAAAAGCCAAUAGGUAUGCAUUUGAAGAAAUAUGAGUGGGUGGGCUCGCCCGACAUCGGCGACUGUUCGUUAUGGGUCAGAUCGGCCACGUUAGAGUUCGACGACGGACUCUGGCAAUGUCAAGUAACUGCCAGUGAUUUCACCACGCAGGACGCGUUAGCAUCUGAACCAGCAAGGCUGGUCGUCAGAGUCAGCCCUCAGCGACCGCAGAUAGAGUACGCCGACCGUCUAAUUCUCCCCGGCAGCAACGUGACAGCCCGAGCAGGUGAGAUCGCUACGCUCACUUGCAGAGCGCGGUAUGGGAAUCCUUCGCCUCUAAUUAAAUGGUAUGUGGGCGAGACCGAGAUGAGGACGCUACGGCCCCAGGUAAACUCGACCGAGAUAGAUAAUCCGCGCACUUGGGCAACCUACAGUGUUUGCGAGAUUCUGGCUGAGCGAUCACGUUACGGCCAGCCGAUCAGAUGCGUCGCCAUCCAUCCGGCGUACGCCAAUCCCACCAUGUCGUCCAGCAUCGAAGUGAGAUUCGACGUGCGAUACGCGCCGGAGACGAGAUUAGUCGGCGUCCCAACUGGCCAGCUGGAGGAGGGCCGCGAUCAGCUGGAAAUCCGAUGUCUCGCCGACGCCAAUCCGCCAGCCUCGAUUCUCUGGAGGAAAACCAAGAGUCCCGGGGUGACGGAAGUCGCCAGUAUCGGAGAAACCCUCAUGUUCUCCCCGAUUUAUAGAAAUCACGCCGCCGUUUACCUCUGCGAGGCGUCAAACAUUGAGGGCGAGAGCAGUCCGGUCUCGGUACAGGUGUCGGUUAACUAUCCACCGACGAUCAGCGCGGUCGGACCGGACCGACUAACAACUGCACUGUUAUACUCCGGUGCGUCAUUCGAAUGUCACGCUGAUGCGAUGCCGCCGGCAGAGUACAGAUGGGCACAGAUAUUCACGGACGGCCGCAUGCCGUUGGAAUGCGGCACGGGACAGCGAUUGAUCCUGACGAACGUGACGUACGAGCAACAGGGUCAAUACAUAUGUCUCGCCUCCAACAAGAUCAAUGGCAACAUCAGGGAAGUUAAAAGCGACCCUGUGUCCCUGCAAGUGGUCGGCGCCCCACGGGUGGUGAAGCCGGCCAUCACAGAGAAGUUUGUCGUCGUGACGACGGAGGGUAGCCCGGCCAGAUUAGAGAUCAGACUGUGCUCCGACCCGAAGCCGCGGCUCGUGGCCUGGGAAUGGGGUAGCACCAGACUGCACGCCGGCGAAGUUCUGGAGCCGCGCUAUCGCGCGCUCGAUCUGGAACCACUGGCUUCGGAGGAUUGUUACAUAGCGAUCUUAGAGUUGACGAGUACAGUGAAAGAGGAUCAAAGGCUGUACCAUGUUAUCGUGGAGAACGAUCGUGGCAGUGACAGACGAGCGCUCAUGCUGAAAGUCGAUGAGCCUGGCCAGAUCCCACUCGUUAUCGGCGCGGUGGCCGGAUUCACGGUGCUCUCGGUACUGAUAAUGGGAUUCGUUUGUUUCCUACGUUCGGAUAGAUGCUGCGUAGCCAGAAACGCAGUACCGGCGCUGCAGCAAGUGCAUUGUACAAAGGCUUCCAACGCUAUGAUAGAGGAUCCACGCCUAGCGGUGGAUACGAUGGACCGUGCGAGUCAGCAGUUCGUCCCGGAGAAGCGAGCGAAUCACGUUCUGAAGCCCGUCCCGUCGCAGCAAUACCAGCAAGAGUGUUAUCAGCACGACCCGCAACACCAACAGCCACAUUAUCAGAGGCAUCAUCACCAUGGGCAGCCUCACGGACAAUAUACGUUGCAGUCUCGGCCUUGCCUGCGCUCUACAAUGCCAUGCUGGAUUUGCUACCCGACUGUAGCCUGGAUUAUUUGGUACCUGUGUUGUCAAGGGUGUAGAGAACAACCCCUGCAACUUUACGUCCUCGCGUGCCGUGUCUCGGACGCGCCUAGAAUUGCACAGAUUGCACCCACGCUAGUUUCUAUCCCUGACUGCCAAGUAAUAACCCGUAGAACGUUAUGGUAGCAAUCCCCCCCCGUUGGUGCAUUCGCAUCAAGUCCGCAUUAGCCUUCUGCAGCUCUGUACGUCGAACCGUGAAUCCGAGCUAAUUAAACGAAGAGAGCUUAUUUUCACGCUCUCCUAAAUUCGCAUUUUUUUACGAAACGGAUAUUACACACGCGCCCAUUAAUUAUAUCUAUAUUCGUGUAAUUUAUCACACAUUUUCCGUCUAGACAUAAAACUUAAUUCUCACUUUUUUAAGAGAUCCAGCAAACACCAUUUUACGAGAGUUUGUUAAAGUUUUACCAUACAUUCCACUAAUCAAAUGUAUACUAAGGUUUCCUAUUCAACAACAUAAUUUUAUAAUUGUUGAUGUUAUGUAACUAUGGGUAAUAAUUUUUCUAUGAAAGACAAACGUCCUAAAUCAGUAAUAAAUAUUCAAGAUUCGACUUGUUCGAUGAGCAGCAGCAGGCUAAUUCCGAUGGAAAUUUGCGAGCUACCGAGGGUUAAGAUCCUAAGAUGGGAAUUGUGCAGGGGGAGCAGCUGUUUCUCAAACCCGAUCGCUUAGCGACAUUGAAGCCCCAUUACAAGAGUGAGAAGCUGCCGCAAUACAC